AUUCAGUGUUUUAAUGGUAAAUACAUUUGCAUUAUGAUAAUCUUCAUAUGCCCUACUCGAAAGCAGAUUUCAUUUACGUAUUCCUUAAAGAUUGGGAAUCUUGGGUCUUAUCUAACUGCUGGACUGUUAUUGUUCUUGCAAAGUGUUCAUAAUGCACCCGAGGUGUUUGAGAAAAUUCCCUUGUGAUUUUCUUCAUCACGUUUUACGACUCAUUUUAUGAGUUGCGAUUUCAUUGCAGUGAUUAAUUGCCACAGAUUUCUUGUUUUUAUGAAUUGUUCCAUAUAUGGUGUCAUCAGGGUAUUGUUACUUGGUACUAGUUGCAUAUUAGCAUUCCUGUUUUAAUGGUAACUACAUUUGCAUUAUGAUAAUCUUGGUUUUUCCUCUUUUACUGAAGUGGGGGAAAAUAAGAAAGAUGAAAGUGAAGUGUGCUUGGGCGAGAGUAGUACUAGGAUUGGUGGUCCGUGGGAAGUCCUCGUAUUGCAUCAUUGGGUAUGUUGUUCUUGAAAGUGACAUUUGAAAAUUGAACUUUGAUUUGGGGGGCACUUUGAUGGAUGCAUUUGAGCCCCUCAUACAUUAGGUCAAAAAUCUUCAGACUAAAUGAGUGGAUUUAACAUGAGCUUUGAUUUCAUCACUUCAACCCACAUUUAUUUUGUCGAUGAUCAUCACUUCAAUGAGAACCUUCCGAGGGCAACCUUCUUCACUGUCUUUUGUAGGUCAAAUCCUCAAUCCAAUAAUUCCUUUUUUUGUGGUGCAGCUUUUGAAAGUUUUGUGAUCCGUCAAGCAAAAUUUUACAGUCAUUUUUCGAUGAUCGUUUGAACUUUCGUGAAUACAAGGAACUAUAAUGGAUGCUUACAUGGCUGGAAAUCCUGUUCCUCAGCCUGCUUAUCAUUGGCCUGUGGAGGAAGUUAAAGAGUCUACUCUCUUGAUUCGGCAUCUUCCAGAAGCAAUUCCUCAUGAAACCCUUUCUAGAUUGCUCUCCAAUUAUGGGGCAACUUCUAUCCGUCCUUGUACUAGUGGGAGAAUGAGGAAUUGCGCUUUUGUGGAUUUCAAGGAUGAAGGUCUGGCACACCAAGCGCAGCAACAUUUGAAUGGGGUACGGUUUCUUGGUAAAACCCUAGCAGUGGAACGAGCUAGUAGAAGCACAGAUAGAGAUAAAAAUAGACAAAGUGACCAUCGGAUUGGAGAUGGCUCCGUGUCUUUGAUCAAAGAUGCUGCUGCUAAAGAAUUUGGUGGAGGAUAUAGGGAAGGUCCUUAUCCUGGCAGCAAACCCAUUGCUGAAAAACUUGGGGUAGAUUAUCCAUUUCCUCCUCACCUCGAAUAUGUUUACCCUCCACCUGAUGGACAUAUACUUACAAAUAUUGUAAAUGCUCUUAUUGCUGUUCCUCGGUUCUACACACAGGUCUUGCACUUGAUGAACAAGAUGAACAUUCCAGCACCAUUUCGUAUGGCUUUGCCAACUCCACCUCUACCAACCUCUUUGUCUGUUCCUCCGCCACCCCCUCCUCCACCUCCUCCAACAGUCUCUAAGAGUAGAAUGGAAGAUCUAUCAAGUAGUGAAUCAGAAAUGGAGUCUUCAGAUGAGGAAGCUACAAAUGUUGGUGGGCCUAAAAAAAAGCGUAUCAGACAUGAAGCUAUCUUGGGCCCUGCAGUUGACAAGGAUGUUGCCCACGAGGCUGUUGGAUUAAAAGCUGCUGCCUUGGUUCCUAAAGAGAUGCCAGUAGUUAAGAAGAAGAACCCAAUAAUUCAGAUUAAAGUAGCACCUAAACAGGUGCAGAAUGAAGAGAAGGGUGAUGCGAGUGCAGUGUCAUUGGCAGUGGCAGAAAAAGAGAACGAUCAUAAGCCGUUUACGACCCUUGAAGAAUUAAAAAGUGGAAGAUUGCCCCCGGAAGAGAUUCUGUCGCUUCCUAUGUUUAAGAAUUAUUGUGCUGGGUAUCCUUCUCAGAUCUUGUACUUGAAGAACUUAGCAAAAGAAGUGACCGUUGAUGAUAUUUACUUCAUAUUUGGAUCCUUAUUUGGAAGCAUUGAUGAAGCUAAAUCCAGUCUUGCAGUGAAGUUAAUGCAGGAAGGGAGAAUGCGUGGACAAGCUUUUGUUACAUUUCCCUCAGUUGAACUUGCUGAAAAUGCCUUGAAUCUGGUGAAUUGGUAUGUGUUCAAAGGCAAGCCUAUCGUCAUUCAAUUUGGUCGUGAUCCUGCUAAAGGAAAAACAAGCUAGAGAGGAUUUUUGCAACAAGGGUAGUUUAAGCCCUCAGCUCAACAUUCUAAGUCAGGUAUAUAAUGAGCUUAUGUUUUGGGCACGGACGUUGGUAAAGAUCAUUUGAGUUACAAGAUUGCCAGGUAACAUUAGAGGAGUCAAACCUACAAAGAUGCCGCUGGGGGGAGGAAGGGAAGUGUCUUUCUGGACUAGAGAAGGUCAAACUCUGGACAGACUGUCAGGUUUUAUGUAUGCAAUGAUUUCACCAGAUGUCUGGAGCCAAAAAUACACAGAAAUUAUUAUGAUUUCUUCAUUGAAGAUCAAUUGGUCAGCUAGAGCACGGUGAUUGUUAGUUCAUUGUUUAUAGUGCAUUUCUGGACUGUGUUGUUUUAUUGGCAAUUCAUUGAAUUAGAUGAGAGGACUCUUUGCUGUUUCAUAAGAAGUGACUGCCGAGAGUUGUUGUAGCCUAGAAGAUGUCUGCUUAAUCGUCAUAAUAUACAUCUAAUCUAAUUUUCAAGGACCAGGAAAAUUUUAUGCAUCAGGGAGCCAUCUAACUCAGCUAGUGUACAAAGUACUUGUUCACUACGUUUAGUAUGACAGCAAUGGCCAAAAGAAGAGAAGAUGGUGACCCUGUAAGAGAAAUUUCUAUCGUUUUUAUGAUCACUUUUUUAUGUUUAUUAUCUGUUUCACUUAUAAGUUCUGAAAUAAGCCAAUUUUGAUGGAAAGUAGAAACUGUUGCAAACAAUUAAAUACUAGUGUAUUUCUUAAUCAGCUCUGUAGUCUUAAAAGGGUUAAUAUAUAUUCUUGCAAGCUGCAUGCUGUUUUGACCAAAAGGUGCUGUUUAAAGUCGUCUCAUUAUUCCAUUUAUGUAAUGUGAUCGAUUCAAAGUACUCUGUGACAGUUGAUUCUCUUGACAAAUUUAAGCCAACAUAUUAUUCUUA